AUGACCGAACAUACCAGACCAAUAGCAUCCGAAUUACUGUCCAAUGAUCUAGUCAUCACAGCGCAGAUUAAUAUUUUGAAUGAUAAACAGCAACCAAUCCGUUGUCGAGCGAUGCUCGACACCGGAUCCAGUAUGAACUUCAUUACCGAGGAAUUAGCAAAAUCGUUAAAGAUAAGACAAAACAAAUGUUCGGUCCCGAUCGGAGCUCUAGACACCUUGACAACGACCUCUAAGCGACACAUCACGGCCACGAUCACUUCCACUGACGCCCCGUAUCUAGCUAUUCGGUGCCUCAAGCAACUGGCAGAGGACGAAGGACAUCGAUUUCCACGUGCAGCACAGGUACUGCAGCGGGAUUUCUACGUCGACGACGCUCUCACCGGAGCUGAAACGAAGGACGAAGCCCUCACGCUCAGAACAGAACUCACCAAUUUACUUCAACUGGCCGGCUUAAACAUACGAAAAUGGGCGUCAAACGAUAAGGACUUAUUACACGGACUUUCCUUAGAAGAAACAAAUCACCAACAUUUUUUGGGCGACUCGCAAACCUUGAAGACGCUGGGAGUGUUUUGGAAUUCAUCCGACGACUCUAUUCUUUACUCGGUCGAAGUCAAACCCACGCCCUCUCGAGUCACGAAACGAAUCAUCAGCUCGGAGAUUGCAAAAAUUUACGAUCCGCUCGGUCUGCUCGCACCGGUGAUUGUUCGGGCCAAGAUGCUACUUCAACGAAUAUGGUCGUCGAAAAUCGAUUGGGAUGAAUCACUUCCGAUCGAGUUACAUACAGAGUGGGAAAGGUACUAUGCCCAAUUACCCUUAUUAAACAACGUCAGGUUCCCACGCAAGGCAAUAAUCGAGUCCGCAAUGGAAAUUGAACUGCAUGGUUUCUGCGAUGCCAGCGAAAAGGCUUACGGAGCCUGUGUUUAUCUUCGAACCCUUAACACCAACGGCCGUGUUUGGACCCAACUUUUAACCGCAAAAUCGAAAGUCGCCCCACUCAAGUGCCAGACCAUUCCUCGGCUCGAGCUGAGCGGAGCACUCCUUCUUACGUCCCUGAUGUCGACAGUACAACAAGCCCUAUCACACAAAAUUACUCGAACUAUCUAUUGGACCGAUUCCACUAUCGUCCUCCAUUGGCUCAAUACAUCACCUCACACCCUUAAAACAUUCGUCGCUAACAGAGUCUCCGAAAUUCAAACAAAAACCAGCAUCCGCGAUUGGCGCCACGUUCCUACCGACGACAACCCCGCGGACUUAAUAUCACGCGGCCAAACACCCGAAGAGUUUCUGCGCCCAACCAUCUGGCAGCACGGUCCUGCAUGGCUCUACCAGUCGGAAGGCUAUUGGCCGACAUGGGCGCUAACACCGCAAAUUGAAGUACCGGAGCAGAAGGGGGCGAUUUGUCUGUCCGCAAACCCCGCCGAUUACAGUUUGUUGCAAAGGUAUUCAUCCUGGCCCAAGUUGAUACGAAUCAUAGCUCGUUGCCUCCGUUGGAAACAGAAAAGGAACCGAGCGGCACCCCUAACCGUUACGGAAUUACGCAUAACGCACAAUAAACUGAUAAAAUUGUUGCAAAACAUCCAUUUCUCCGAGGAAAUUCGUACACUCCAAAAAGAUCGGAACGCGGCGAUAAAGGGUAAGCUCACGCGACUCAAUCCGUUCAUAGACAAGGAAGGAAUAUUGCGAGUCGGGGGUCGACUCAGUCAUUCGUCGAUGACCUUCGCCCAGAAACAUCCCAUAGUAUUACCUAAGUCAUCCGUUACAACACGCAUCAUAGACCACGAGCACAAGAUCCACAUGCAUUCCGGAACGCAGGCUACGUUAUACGCAGUAAGACAAAGAUACUGGCCCGUUGACGGUCGAAGUCAAGUAUGGCGGGCGAUCAAAGGCUGCGUCCGCUGCUGCCGCGCUCAACCACCGCCGGUAGAAUACGUGAUGGGUAAUCUGCCGGAGGCGCGAGUAACGGAAUCUCGCCCAUUUACAAACGUCGGCGUCGAUUACUGCGGGCCGUUCCACAUCAAGGAAAAACGAGAUCGUAACCGUCGUCAGAUAAAAGUAUACGUAGCCAUUUUCGUAUGCCUAGCAAUUAAAGCGGUACACAUCGAGCUCGUUGACGAUCUCACUAGCGAAGCCUUCAUCGCCGCUCUUCGCAGAUUUAUCGCUCGACGAGGGUAUUGCUCCACCAUCCAUUCUGAUAACGGCACCAACUUCAGAGGAGCAAGCAACGAAUUACGAGAGCUUCACGAUUUAUUACAAUCGGACGAUCACAAGGAAAAAGUAACCGCAUUUUUAGCCGACAAACAAAUCGAAUGGCGCUUCAUUCCCCCUCAUUCGCCGCAUUUCGGUGGGCUAUGGGAAGCAGCGGUGAAAAAGGACAUGUUCGAUAGUGAUAGUUGUGAUGAAUAUUAUCUUGAACCUGACAAGGUAGAAGACGAUAACAGUGCUUCAGAUAGUGAAAACGAACUCCGUUCAACAAGGAAUUGGCUCAGACGUUUUAAUAUUUCUAGUGAUAGCGACAGUGAUAAUGAACUAAAUAUUGAAGAAAAUAAUACAAGCCUCAACAAUGAAUAA